GAAAAGACAGAAUCAUAUUUGCGACCAAGGAGGACCACGAGACACCGAGCAGUGCUGAGCUGGUUGCAGAUGACCCAGAUGACCCUUAUGAAGAACAAGGAUUGAUACUGCCCAAUGGAGAUAUCAAUUGGAAUUGCCCGUGCCUGGGUGGAAUGGCUAGUGGUCCCUGUGGGGAACAGUUCAAGUCAGCCUUCUCUUGUUUCCACUAUAGCACAGAAGAAAUAAAGGGAUCAGACUGUGUGGACCAAUUCCGUGCCACAUGCAUGCAAAAAUAUCCAGAUCUUUACCCUCAAGAGGAUGAAACUGAAGAAAAAGAGAAGUCAAGCAAAGAUUUGGAAGCGGCUUCUAUGGAGGCUGCUGCUGCCAAAAAGGAGAAGGGAUCUAGCUAAUGAAGAUGCAAGGAGGCUGUUGUCUCCGUUUCUCAUUUUCAGAGACAUGGACUUGUGCAGUAUGUUUGUCUUCUGAGUUGUCAAGAAAUGUUUCACCAUUGUCUUAGACACUGUAUCAUAGUAAAUAAUUUAUUGCUGAAGGAGAAAUCUCAGUGCUACAGUCUUGCAAAUAAAUACUGCUAAAACAAGUGUGUGUGUACUGUGUAAGGUGCUAUCACACAGUUAAUACCUUAACAGCUGGUUUGACCCUCAAGUUCUCCUUGAGUUUGGACUUGAAUAACAUGUUUAAAUAUAUAGCUUUCAACUGAAAUUCCACUAGCACACCAGGUCUGUUUUCAUUUCAGUAUGC